AUGCCGGCAUGUUGCACAAACUGCAGAACAAAAUAUUCGUUGCUGAUUCGUGAAGCAGGUUGCUCGUGCUGUGCUUUAUCAUUAUGCAAAAAAUGCCUCUCUCAUCGUGCUAUUAUUCCAAGUUUAUCCGACCAACCUUUGACAGUCUGCUACAAUUGCUAUAAAACAUUGGAAGCGAAGAAAAUUAAAACUGAAGCUACGAUAACUUCAACUCCUCUUCCUGGAAAGUCUACUAAGAAUUGGUGGGGUGAUGGUCUUCCUCCGCCUUCAUUUCGGCAAGAUUUCAACAAAGGCCGUGCAUCGACUAGUCAAACUCCAAAAUCAAUUUAUCCACAAAUUAAUGCAAAACCGACACCGGUUGACGAUGAGGUUUGGCAAGAACAGAUGAGACAACUGGAAGAGCGGCGCGCGAAUCUGAUGAACGACAUUCCGCGGCAGCCCGAGCCUUUGACAAUUGAGCAAAUCGAAGAAAGGUUGGCGAGUCUUCGCGGAUGCGAUGUUGAUGUUAUACGGAAUCCCAGAACGUGGUUUCAAGAAGAUAAACGAGAUCUUGGAAACGCCCAGACUGUUAGCCAACUGAUGAAGAUUGCCGAGGAUCGCGCGCGUCUUGAGGAAAUCGAUGAGGAGAUUGAGCAGAAAGAAUUGAAAGAGUUUGAGGAACGGAGGAAAAGGUUGAUGGAACGACAGGAAGCAGAAAAGAAAGCGGAUAAUCGAGAAUCGGUCGUCUCGGAUGCUUCCUGCUUCAGCACUGCCACACGUGAACAACUCGAUGAUAUUAACAAAGCACUCGAAGAUGCUGAAAAACGGGUUGCCGCUACUAAACAGCAGGAAGAGGUCGAUGAGAAUGAGCUGAAGAAAUUGAUGACGUUGACGCGGCAAAAAUCUCUUGACGCGAUGCAAUGGAAUGAUAAAAUUUCGAAGGAAAUUGGUGGAUUCUGGGAUAGGCAGAAUAAAAAGAUGAGCGUUGAAGAAAACGAUUCUGACGAAGAUGAGAAGUCGCUGGAUGAAGAAGCUAUCAAGAAAAUAAUACAUGAAGCUGAAACUGCGCCGUACUAUGAGAUAAAGAGUGAAGAAGCGAAGCCUGCUCCAUCGUCAGCUUCGCCGAAAAAGAAAGGGUUUUUUGGAAAAUUUUUUCGCAAGGACUCAAAAAGUUAA